AUGAGAGACUGUGGUCGGACAAGUCCCACCAGCGCAGCCAGGAUGAAACACCUCCGCAGUGAUGGUUCUUGGGUUCGUCCUCCGGGUGCCAUCCGCACCCGCUUGCUGCGUAAAGCCGCCCUGCUGAGAGUGGUGAAACUGCCGUCGGGACGCCGCUGCUCUCUCUGUGCGCCCCUGGCAGUGCGCUCCGACGCACGGUCUGCUCCAGUCCUGGCCGGGAAAGCAGCGCGGCCCCCGAUGGACGACAUCGAUUCCAUGUUCAGUCACCUGCUGGGAGAGAUUGAUAAUCUCUCUCAGAGUCUACUCACUGCAGCCGACACGGCAGAUGGAGUUCCUGCCUCACAGAGACAAAGCACCUUCUCCAUCGGCUUCACAGACCUGAAUGAGUCUCUUAAUGAACUGGAGGACCAUGACCUGGAUGCUCUGAUGGCUGACCUGGCAUCAAAAUCAACCACAUCAGAAAUGAGACUUAACACUGAUCAACAUACCGGCAGCCUCACUGAUGACCCGAUUACAACACCCAACAUGACUCAGGGAUCUGAUACAGUAGCUGCCUUCCAACCACCGUCAAACACUGCUGGAUCCUCUGGAGCGCAGCAGACGAGCGAAGCCCAGACAAAGGCGGACAAAAUAAAGUUGGCUUUGAAGAAGCUGAAAGAAGCCAAUGUGAAAAAGUUGAUAAUAAAGGUGCUGAUGACUGACGGCAGCUUCAAGACUCUGAUGGUGGAUGAGAGACAGACGGCCAGAGAGCUUUUGGACGUGCUGUUUGAGAAGACGCACUGUGACUGCAGCAUUGGCUGGAGCCUGCAUGAAACAAACCCUGAGCUUCAGAUUGAAAGAAGCUUCGAGGACCACGAGUCUUUAGUGGAGCCGCUGUCUGCAUGGACUCGCCACAGUGAGAACAAAAUCUAUUUUGAGUCGAGACCUCAGAGAUAUCUGAUGUUCACAGACCCUGAGUUAUUCUACAUGUGGAAGAAGACGAAGGAAUGUUUGAAUAAGAUAACUGAUCAAGACAAAAAACUCUUAAUCAAGGAGCAUUUUGGAGGUUCUACUCUGAUUGUCCCUGAUCUUGAGGGAAUGCUGUACCUAAAGGAAGAUGGAAAGAAGGUUUGGAAGUCUCGCUACUUCAUGCUCAGAGCCUCAGGCAUCUACUUCGUACCCAAAGGAAAGACCAGGACUUGUAAAGAUCUGGCUUGCUUUGUCCAUUUCGAGAAAGUCAACAUCUACACCGCCAACAACUACAAACAGAGAUACAGAGCUCCCACCAACUUCUGCUUCAUACUAAAGCAUCCCUGUAUCCAGAAGGAGUCGCACUACGUCAAGUUCCUGUGCUGUGAAGAUGAACACACACUGUUGCUUUGGGUCAACUCUAUCAGAAUAGCAAAGUAUGGGACUGACCUAUAUCAGAACUACCAGACUGCAGUGAGAAAAGCCUCCACUCUGCAAACUUUCCAACACACUGCCCACAAAGUCAAAAACGGUCAAGUCCCUCAGACCAUCCCACAACCUGCUGGUCCACCUCAACCAAAGAGCACAGCUGUUGAAGACUAUCCACAUGAGGCGCCACCUGACUUCAUCCCUCCUCCUCCUCCUGGACAAGCUCAUGUUUGACACGCAUACCCUUCUCCUCCUCGUUACGAGCCU